AUGGCUGCGGAUAAAAAGCGCAAGCGGGGGCCAGAGAGUCCCGGAGGACCCCAGCUCUCCAAGAAGCAGAGGAAGGAGUUGGCAAAGGCGGCCAAGAAGGAGAAGAAGGCAGCCAAGAAAAGGGAGAAGAGCGCAGCCCGGCUGGCGACAAAAAGGGAGGGUGCGGUGCCGCUGACCAACGCCGAGAUAAAGGCGAAGCGCAAGGAGCGGCGCGCAGAGCGCAAGGCGGCGAAAGAGGCAAAGAUCGCGGCGAGGGAGGCGCUAGAGAAAGCCAGGGAGGAUAAGCGCCGGGCCAAGAUAUUGGCGCGGCGCGAGGCACGCAUGGCGAAGCAGGCUGCGGCCAAUGACGGCUGCGGCAGUGAUGUCAGCCUUAAGAAGCUGCAGCCUGCUGCACAGGAGCCGGCCCCAGCUGCCAAGCCCGCUGCGAAGAAGCCGGCAGCGGCCGCCAAGCCCGCCGCCGACGCAGCCGCCAAGGCCGCGGCCAGCAGCAGCAGCAGCAGCAGCAGCAGCAGCAGCAGCGACGACAGCAGCAGCAGCGAAGAUGAGCAGCCGGCCGCCACGAACCCGGCGCCGUCCAAGGCGGCCGCGACAGCCGCCAAGCCUGUCGCCAAGGCAGACAGCAGCAGCAGCAGUGAUGACAGCAGCGACUCGGACAGCGACGAGGAGAAGCCCGCCGCCAAGAAGCAGGCCGUGGCUGCCAACACUGGUGCUGCCAAACCUGUUGCUGCCAAGCCUGCUGCCAAGCCUGCUGCCAAGCCUGUCAACAGCAGUAGCAGCAGCGACGAUGACAGCAGCAGCAGCGACGACGAACAGCCGCCCGCCAAGAAGCAAGUGGUGCCGGCGCCGGUCAAGGCGGCGGCGGUGCCCGCCAAGCCCGCUGCCAAUGCAAAGGAGAGCAGCAGCAGCGACGGCAGCAGCAGCAGCGACUCGGAGAGCGAGGAGGAGAAGCCUGCCGCCAAGGAACCGGCGGCUCCUGCUGCAAAGCCUGCCGCCAAGCCUGCGGCGAAGCCUGCUACCAAGGCGGACAGCAGCAGCAGCAGCAGCGACGACAGCAGCAGCAGCGACUCGGAGAGCGAGGAGGAGAAGCCUGCCGCCAAGCAGCCGGCGGCUCCUGCUGCAAAGCCUGCCGCCAAGCCUGCGGCGAAGCCUGCUACCAAGGCGGACAGCAGCAGCAGCAGCAGCAGCGACGACAGCAGCAGCAGUGACUCGCAAAGCGAGGAGGAGAAGCCCGCCGCCAAGAAGCCAGUGGCUCCUGCUGCAAAGCCGGCCGACAAGCCCGCGGUGAAGCCUGCUGCUAAGGCGGACAGCAGUAGCAGCAGCGACGACAGCAGCAGCAGCGAGUCGGAGAACGAGGAGGAGAAGCCCGCCGCAAAAAAGGUGAAUGCGCCGGCCCAGCCUGCCACCAAAGCCGCCAAGGCUGACAGCAGCAGCAGCAGCGACGACAGCAGCAGCAGCGACUCUGAUGAAGACGGCCAGGAGAAGAAGACCCCCGCCAAGCCCGAGACCCCUGCCAACGGCGCCGACAAGCCCGAGACCCCCGCCAAUGGCACCGCCAAGAGCGCGAGCGCCGGCGCGAGCGGGGGCCGCGACACGACGGGCGCAAAGGCGUUCAAGCGGGUCAACGACGAGGAGUGGCUGGGGAAGAAGGGCAGCAUGAGCAACCACUACGAGGACACCUUUGGCCAGAGUGGCUGGGGCUUCAAGGCGCAGCAGGUGCUUGGUGCGGUGCGCGGCAAGGACUUCAGGCACGAGAAGACCAAGAAGAAGCGCGGCAGCUACAGGGGCGGCCAGAUCGACUCCAACGCCACCUUCAGCUACAAGUUCGAUUCGGACUAA